CGGGUGUGAGGAGCUGGCCCGCGGAGCUGCUGGUGGGCACUGGCUGGUGGGGGACUUGCGGCCGCUGUCCCGCUCCUUCCCGGGACCCUGUCUCCUGGGCGCGCCCGCUCUUCUCCGACCCGGGUGGGGGAGAUCGGCUCGCCGGCCCUGGCCUCACACGCUCCCCGCCGCCCCCUCCUCCCCCUGCUGGAGGCGUCCCGACUGGAGCGUGUCUGGAGGAAUCCGCCGCCGCGAGGCCCCUCGCCCGGUCCGGCUCGUGCCUGAGGACCGCUCCGGCCGCCUCCGGGCGCUAAAAGGGCAGCCGGCGGCGAGGUGGGAGAUGGUGGGGUGGGCUCCGGCAGGACCGCGCUGCCGCCGCCCGGAGCCUGGGCUCGGCACCCUCCCGCCGGCCCCCACCGAACGCAGCUCUGCUUCCUCCUCGCCGCAUCCCUGAGGGAAGCGCCGCCUCUGCUCCCGGGUUCUCCGCCCGCCCGCUCCUUCCUGGCUGGACCCCGCCGCGCUCCACCCCGGUGGCGGGAGGAGCAGCUCUCCAGUCAGCCUUCGCAGCCCCUCUUCCCUUUUUCCUUUCCACCCACCCUCCCCGGCCUCCUCGGAUCCCUUGGCUGGGCGCUGAGGCGGAGGAAGAGGCUGGGGUCGCCACGGCGGAGGUUGUUGCCGCCACCCCCCUGCGGGGGUGGCCGGGGUUCCCGGCUGGGGGGGCACCGUUCCGGGUGAGGCAUCCACCAUGGUGAGGCCCCUGAGCCGCUGCCCCCGCGCCCCCCCGGCCGCCGCUGCCUCCUGCCCCUCGGUGCUGCCGCUGCUCCUCCGCCUGCUGUUGCUCCUCCAUCUCCAGAUCGGAUCGCGGUGAGGGAAAGAUGAGCGAGGAGACGGCGACUUCUGACAACGAUAAUAGUUAUGCACGAGUGCGAGCUGUGGUGAUGACCCGGGAUGACUCAAGUGGUGGAUGGUUACCACUUGGAGGGAGUGGACUAAGCUGCGUCACGGUCUUCAAAGUCCCUCACCAGGAAGAGAAUGGCUGUGCUGACUUUUUUAUCCGUGGAGAGCGACUCAGGGACAAAAUGGUGGUUUUGGAAUGUAUGCUUAAAAAAGACCUCAUUUACAAUAAGGUCACUCCAACAUUUCACCACUGGAAGAUUGAUGACAAGAAAUUUGGCCUUACUUUUCAAAGUCCUGCUGAUGCUAGGGCUUUUGAUAGAGGUAUUCGAAGAGCUAUAGAAGAUAUUUCUCAAGGAUGCCCAACAUUUAAAAAUGAAGCUGAAGGAACAGAAGAUGACUUACAAGCAACUGAAGAGGACAGUUCCAGUUCUCUAGUGAAAGAUCAUCUCCAGCAAGAGACAGUUGUUACCAGUGAGCCAUACAGAAGCUCAAGACCUUCUGCCUUUGAAGAUCUGAAUGCCAGAAGAGUUUACUUGCAGAGCCAAGCCAAUCAGAUAACGUUCAGUCAUCCGGGCCUAGACAGUCAGAGCAGAAGUAUAGAAUAUGUACAACGACAAAUAUCCAAGGAAUGUGGAAACCUAAAAUCCCAAAAUAGGGUCCCUUUGAAAUCAAUCCGACAUGUCAGCUUUCAAGAUGAAGAUGAGAUUGUCAGAAUAAACCCUCGAGAUAUCUUAAUACGUCGUUAUGCAGACUACAGACAUCCUGACAUGUGGAAAAAUGACUUAGAGAGAGAUGAUACUGAUUCCAAUAUUCAAUUUUCUAAACCAGACAGUAAAAAAUCAGACUAUCUAUACUCUUGUGGGGAUGAAACUAAGUUAAGUUCACUCAAAGACUCUGUGGUAUUUAAGACACAGCCUUCCUCAUUAAAAUUUAAGAAGUCAAAACGAAGAAAAGAAGAUGGUGAACGUUCCCGCUGCGUAUACUGCCAGGAAAGGUUUAAUCAUGAAGAAAACGGCAGGGGAAAAUGUCAGGAUGCUCCAGACCCUAUUAAAAGAUGCAUAUAUCAAGUUAGUUGCAUGCUCUGUGCAGAGAGCAUGUUAUAUCAUUGUAUGUCAGACUCAGAGGGAGAUUUUUCUGAUCCCUGUUCAUGUGACACUAGUGAUGACAAGUUCUGCUUGCGAUGGUUAGCCCUAGUAGCUUUGUCCUUCAUCGUACCAUGUAUGUGCUGCUAUGUCCCUUUGAGAAUGUGCCAUCGUUGUGGCGAGGCGUGUGGGUGCUGUGGUGGGAAGCAUAAAGCUGCUGGGUGAAAGAAUCCCGUGCCAAAAUGAGCUUAAAAUCUUUGUUUCCAGGAAUUAGCUAACUUGUAUUUGUGGAAGCUUUUGGCAAGCAAUAUGAAAUCUUGCCUGGUAUCAUUGGGGCCACACGUGGAGGAAGCAGAACUCGUUAGUUCUUGGCAUUUCACAAACGCUAGCCAUGCCUAACUUUCUCCCUUCAGUGCAUGGCAUGUUUUGUUACAGGUUGUAAAGAAUAUUUGCAAAAGGAAACCAUUUCUGGUUAUUGGCUAUACAAAGUGAGCAUAAAAUAUCCAACUUAAAAGGGAUUAAUUUUUGGCAUUUUUGUAUAUUUAUGCAUUAGGUGAUGGGACUUUUAAAGGUUUGAAUUCAUUAAGACAUAAACUAAAAGUGCACUAGGGGACAGUUGUUUUCAAUCUAAGAAAAGUUAACACUUGGGAAUUUUAAGAAGUAAAACAAGUGCAACUAAAUCAUUUAUUAGUUGUUUUUUGAAAGCGGUUUUAUGUAUAAAUAACAAAUGUUUAUAUUUAACUAAAUAUAAGGUACGAAUUAUUACAUAUUAAACUUUUCUUCCCCUUCCUAGUUCUGAAGUAGAUGUACAUAUAUCUACUGUCACAUUCCAUUAUAUUUUGAAUAUUUUACUCAUCUAGUUAAUAAUGUUUUUAUUCCAUGUGAAUGAUUUGAUAUUUUCAUCCUCAUUUCCCUUUGGCUACAGUUUAUAUUGAGUUCUAUCUGUACAUUCUGGUAAUCUAAAAUCUUUAAAAAUAUUCUAAUAGCCUUGAGUGACCAAUUUUUUUUUUUUAAAGCACAGAUGUAAUUGUCUAAUGUUCUGAUGGGAACGUAACACUUAUUUUUAUAUAAAAAGAGACUGAGUAAACAUUAUAGAAAAAAGUGAGGUUUUGGGGUUGUUUUGUUUUUUGUGGUAUUCAACCAGCAAGUUGUUUUCUUUCAGAAUUUCCUCCUUCAAAAAAAUCACAUUGCAUUUACAAAUGUUUUACAAGGCAAAAAGUGUAACUGGAUAGUUCAUGUAAAAGUUUCCUCCUGAGAUCUCCAUUUAUCAUUCUGCUAAACUAGACUAUGUUCAGCUGUGUUAAUUUUUUAGCUUAAUUCUCAGUGCUUAUUAUUCACAUAACAAUAACUUUUCCCAGUUGCAUUUUACUUUAUUUAAACUUGCCAAAAGCAAAAUUAUUUUAUGUUAAAGUAUAUACUAAACUAUCCCAGGAAAGUAUUUAAUCCAACAUUGUGAAUGAAAUAUCUUGUACAUAUAAUUUUAUUUCUUUUGCAGAGCAUUGUAUUACUGGAUGUUUUAUUUACAAAGUAGUUGGAUAAAUGUUCCAACAAAUUGUUUAAAGUAGUUGGGGUCAAUUUGUCUGGUUGGUUUGUUUUUUUGUUGGUUUUUGUUUUUGUUUUUUUUUGUCUAAGUGUUACAUUAAAACUCUAACAAGUAAAGGGUUCUUUAAGAACAUUCCCUUAGAGGGAUAAAGUUGAGAAGUGUGCCUUUUUUUUAAUGGCUUGAAGUUUCAGAAGUGAUAAAAUUAAAAUCACACUACCAUUUGAAGCUCAUUUCUAUGCAGGUUUUAAAAUGUCAUUUAUGUAUCGUUCUUUUUACAUAUCACACUUAAGCUUGUGUUAGCUUUCUUCUUUUGCCCCAGAUCAAACUGAACAAUGUAUAUAACACUAUCUGUCUGUAAAAUACUUUUUUUUAAGAAAGCAUUUAUAUUUAUAUGACAGCUUGAACUGACAACAUUGUGUAUAUAGAUCAUCUUGAAGUAUUAUUUCACAUUGAAAAGAAGAAAAAAUAUAUUGAUAACUAUAGAUGUUAUGAAGAAGAGGUUAUUUCUAGUUUUGUACUAAAAAUCAAUUGGAUGAACUAAAUCCAAAAUAUGACACUGUAGCAGCAGUUUUAAGACUUAUUUUUACUGUUUAUAUAAUUGAACACUGCUACACCAGAUGAUCUUCAUCCCUGAAGUUUUCAGCUAAACUUGGUUUCCUAGAAUAGACUGUUAACUUUUAAAAUUACUUUUUAUUGGUAAAAUGGAAAUACUGGUUUUCCUUGUGAAUGAAUUUUCAUAUUUGUAAGUGCUGAGUUCAUAAUUCAGGUUUGAGCAAGGUGUGAAUAACUGAAGAAAAUAACUUGCUGGCCCUAUAGGAAAAUGCUGUGGAAAUGAACUGUGUAUAUACUUCUGGGAAGAACAAAUUUAAUCAUUUCUUCUGUUAAGCACUAAUCAGUAUAGUGCAACUCCUGGUUCUGUACUGUAUUUUAUAUGCAACAUAUAUGCUUUAAUAUUUUAAUGUUUGUGCAUUAAUAUUUUCAAUUUGUUUAACCACUUUGCUGCUAAGAUUUUGCCAUCCCAUUCCCAUUUUUUUCCUUUACAAUUUUAAACAAGUUUCUUCAUUAAAAACUAUGGUGAUGAAAUGGUUUUUAUUUCACCUUGGAUCUUUGUAGUUAACACACUCAGAUUCCAAACCAGUCUAGAAUACUAACUGAUAAUAUAAUGUCUGAAUCCCUCUGUGGAAAUGUUCUCUUGAGUAAAUUAGAGUUCUGUGGGGGAGAAAAAAAAGGAUAGUUUAAAUUUCUCAUUCUUAAAAUGUGUAUAGGUAUGUUCAGGAACAUUUUCUGCUUCUGCAUACAGACUUGGCACUGCCAACUGACUUUUCCUCUGAAACCUUUCUCUUUGCUUUUAAUCUGGUAGUUAUAAGCAAAUGGCUAAACCAGCUUAAGUAAUAGUAAAUAUUGAAAAUGAAAUCAUCUAGAUGGCAUAAAAAGAAAGACUUUGGUCUGAUGGCUUGUUGUGUUCAGAACUGAUAGUUCUUAAAUGAUUUUUCUCCUGCCUUGACAGGGGAAUCAUUUGAUUGCUGAAGAAAUAUGAGGUAUGGAACUUCAGCACCACCUACUGGAUGUUUUAUAGACCAGAGACAUGAGGUGGCAAUCAGGAUCUGACAGGGUUCAUCACUACUACCAAUAAAAAGGGCUAUUUAAAUAGUGGCCACCUCCAAACAGAGAAAGCAAGAGUAAGACAUAUCUCAAAGGAACUGUAAAACGAACCUUUUCUCUAAUGUGUCUUUUGGUCCCUGAAAGAUUUUAAGCACUUUUUUCUUACAUAUCCUGUCUUAAAAUAUUUAUUGAUCUUUGGAACUGGCAAUCAAACUUAAUGGAUAUGCCGAAGCAUUUAUAAAACUAAUUCUUUUAAUGUGCAAAAGCCAUUACCAAAAUGGUAUUCUAAUUUUCCUCCCAUUACCAGCCAGGGAGUUUUUUUAAAAAAAUAAACAUCACCUAUAUUUGAUCAUGA